CUCGCAGAGAGAGAGAGGGUGGACGGGCGAGGCAGAGUCCCAGUGUUUUUCUGCAGCAGAAAGAGUUUCGGGGGUUUUUGGUUCGACAUUGAGUUGAUGUGUGAGGACAGAGUCAUCAUGGUGACCACCGAGACCCACCAGAGCCAGGACCUACUGGUCCCUUCCCUGAACCAGGACCUGCAGGACCAGCAGGACCCGCUGGACCAGCAGGAGGAGAACCAGGCCUCCCCCUCGUCCCCCCUGGCAGGAUUUGACUCUGAGGCAAUGAGUCAGGGUCCCGUCAACGCCAUCACGGUCCUCACUCUGCUGGAUAAACUUGUCAACAUGCUGGACGCCGUGCAGGAAAACCAGAACAAGAUGGAGGUGCAUCAGGUAGAGAUGGAGGGCGUGGUCAGAGGGAUCCAGGCUGAUAUGACCAAGCUGUCCAAGAGCCACAGCCACACCUCCAACACCGUCAGCAAGCUGCUGGACAAGAGCCGCAAACUGUCCGUCACCAUGAAGGAGGUUCGUGAUAAGAUGGAGCGUCAGGGCGUCCAGGUGAAGAAGCUGGAGGCGAACCACGCCCACCUGAUCAACAGAAACAACUUUAAAGUCCUCAUCUUCCAGGAGGAGAACGAGAUCCCUACCAGUGUUUUCGAGAAGGAUCCUCCUCCAUUCCCUCGUGAUGAGAUUUUGGAGGAAGGCGAUGAAUCGGCACCGGGUGUCGUCGACGGCGACCAUUCCCAGGAGAGCGGGCUCCAGACCAUCGACCUAUCAUCUGAUGAGGAUGUCGGGCUAGAGGCGGAGCUAGAGGAAGAGGAGGUGUGGCCUCACGAUCUGGAGAACAUGGAGAAAUCCAGAGCCGAGAAACUGAAACGAUCCAGUCUGAAGAAGGUCGACAGUCUGAAGAAGGCGUUCUCCAGGCAGAACAUCGAGAAGAAGAUGACGAAGAUAGGAACAAAGAUCGUUUCUCAGGAGCAACGAGAGAAAAUCAAACAGAAAACCUCCAGCCUGAAGGUUUCGCCUCUGUCCUUCAGCAUCAGGAAG